GUACUUUCGCAGCAAUUAAUUGCUCUCUUGUCGAAGUGUGGGUUUAUGAAGUUCAUAAUUACAAAUGAUGCAUCCAGGCAUUGCAUUAUUUUAUAGCAAAAAUGCUGCCAUUGGUGACGAUUGCGUGCAUCUUCCCAACAAUUCCUAUCUUCAUUUUCGCAUUACUAGUCGUUGGCUGUUCUUCCAAAAAGACGGGACCUGAAGGUGGAGAAAAAAAGGAUGGACGAGCAGAUCAGGGACAACCAAUACCAAUACCAAGGUCAACACCUGCAGCAAUAUUUCCUCCUCAGCCUGCUGCACCUGCAGAAAAGAAACCAAACGAAAAAGAAAUAAACAAAGAGAGUGCACCGAAAAAAGAGACUAACACUGUUGGUGCCGCAGUUGGAGGUGGCGAAAAGGAGGAGGAAGAUGGAGGUUACGAAUCAUGCCCUGAUAUGACACCUGAACAACUUGCCAAAAUUGCAAACGAAUCUCCAGCAAAAUAAAUCAGUAAAUAAUGCAAAUAGAACGGUAUGAGGAAUGAGAAGAUAGAAUGAUUUUGAAGCUUUACUUAAACGGAGAAAGAAAGAACUGAAUAAUAAAGUCCUAACAUGACCCACAAUUCCUUGGACCACGUAAUGAUCUUUGGCUGACUUCGUUUCUUAAGUUUAUAUUUUAUCGGUGAGUAAAACUUGCCAAUAAAUUCAGAGAAUGAUCCAUGUAAAUAUGAAAUGUCAAAACCAGAAGUUAGACAA